AUAUCGAGGAUAAGUAUAAUCGCUAAAGAUGGCGACGGCGAGAGACACCGAAGAGAACAUUAGGUGUAUUUUCACAAAUAAAAACAGUCAUCGUUUUUUGAGAUAGGUGUAGAAAGGAGACUUUUGUAACAACGAAAGCGAUUGGUCAAUGCUGUUGCCCUUUAUGUUUUAAGUUACUGUCCCUUGUGCGCGAGCGAUUUGUUUUCAGAGGCGCUUCGCACAGUUCCAUGUCAAGUUAGCAGUGUUGUUGCAUAGUACAGUACUAGCUAAGCUAGUCUGGUUGGAUCUCAAUCGCAAAUGGAUUUCUAGGAUCAAAACAAAGGUCGCUGGACUGCAAAUUGAUCUUAUGAAGGGUUGAUUUGGCUACAAACUACAUGAACAGAUUCGAUAACGUCGUCUCUUUUACGUUGGGAAUAUAGCCAUUCAACUGACCCUGACGCACGGAUUGUUGUCGAGUCGGAGUGACUGACCGUCAUGUAUUUUUUAACUGGCUGGCCCCGGAGGCUACUGUGUCCACUGAAAAGUGAAGAACACCCGUUUCAUAUUCAACCCAGCUCACAGAGGUUUUAUUUUGCUGUGUUGUCCGAGACUCAACUAAGCGUCUGGUUUAGUCGGCCCAGUGUUCUGAUAGUGAGCUACAUAGAGUCAGCCAAGGCAGCAUCCCAGUUUGGCUUCUAUCAGCAGGCCGAAUGGAAGCCGGAUGAUUCCAUGAUAGCAGUGGCGGCUGCCAAAGGCUACAUCCUCCUGUUUGACGUGGUGGGAGGAGGAGAGGACAAGUAUCUUUACGAGCCGGUCUAUCCAAAAGGGAGUCCGCGUGUCAAGGUCACCCCAGGUUAUAAAGAGGAACAAUGUGCCCCUGCUCUCAGCUUGGAGAUGAAGAGGCCUAUAGACCUGGAGGCUCCAAUCACCAGUAUUCAGUCCCUCCAGGAAGACCUCCUGGUGUCCACGGCCGAUGGCUACCUCCACAUCCUCCACUGGGACGGGGUCGCUAACGGCAGGAAGGCCGUCAGUCUCUGCACCGUCCCGUUCUCCCUGGACCUCCAGUCAGCACGAGGCGGCCCAUCUCUGGACCUGGAGGGGGUCCACAUCAGGGACCUGGAGUACUGCCUGACCCUGGACGGCUUCGCUGCCGUGCUCGAUGACGGCAGACUGGGCUUCAUCACGCCUGUGGCUAGCGGCUUCACUGCAGAUCAGCUGCAGGGCGUCUGGGCAGCAGAUGUUACAGACGGCACGUGUGUGGCCGUCAACAAUAAGUACAGGCUGAUGGCAUUUGGCUGUGCCAGUGGCUCAGUGCUGGUAUACACAAUUGACACCACUACAGGAUCCAUGCAGCUCUCCCAUAAACUGGAACUCACCCCGAAACACUACCCAGACGUAUGGAACAAGACCGGCGCAGUGAAGUUGAUCCGCUGGUCCCCCGACUACAGUGUUGCCAUGGUGACUUGGGAGUGCGGUGGUCUGUCUUUGUGGAGUGUGUUUGGUGCACACCUCAUCUGUACACUAGGGGAGGACUUCGCAUAUCGGUCAGACGGCACCAAGAAGGAGCCUAUAAAGGUCACGUCUAUGUGCUGGGGGGCGGAGGGCUACCACCUCUGGGUCAUCACCAGCAAAGAGGAGGUGGGACUCGUAGAGACCAUGGGGGAGGCGGAGCUCGUAGAGAACAUGGAUGCUCCGCCCCCGGCCAAAACCCAGCAGGCGGGCAUACUUCAGUUCCACUUCAUCAAGAGCGCCCUCACCGUCAACCCCUGCACGAGCAACCAGGAGCAAGUGCUAUUACAUGGUGAGGACCGCCUCUACCUGACCUGCGGCGACCCCGCCCAGGUCCCGUCCGGCAGUCCAGAGGGCGCCCGCCCGCCCCACACCCCACACCCCCACAACCUCCCUCAUUGCCGGGAGGGCAGCCCCCUCCGCCACCCCCCAGGCCCCUCCCCCGGCUCCACCUCUCAGGGACUCAGCACUUUAUUGGGACACAAGCAUUGGCACGUGGUCCAGAUUCACAGCACGUAUCUAGAGAGCAACUGGCCUAUACGGUUUGCAGCCAUAGACACAGCAGGUCAGUGUAUAGCGGUGGCAGGGAGACGGGGGUUUGCCCAUUACUCCAUGGCCACCAGGAAAUGGAAACUGUUCGGGAACAUCACUCAGGAACAGAACAUGACAGUCACUGGGGGUCUGGCGUGGUGGAAGGACUUUGUCGUCGUCGCCUGUUACAAUUUUAUCGACCAGCUGGAAGAGCUGCGUCUGUACCUUCGGUCGUCCAACCUGGACAAUGCCUUCGCCUCCAUAACCAAGCUGCAGUCCAACACACUGCUGCUCAACGUGUUCCGAGACACCAUCAUCCUGUUCAGGGCCGACUGCUCCAUCUGCCUGUACAGCAUCGAGAGGAGACACGACGGGCCCAACCCUUCAGCCAGUGUGACGCUGCUUCAGGAGGUUUCCAUGUCCCGCUACAUCCCUCACCCGGCCCUGGUGGUGUCAGUCACCCUCACGUCUGUACGCACUGAGACCGGCAUUACGCUCAAAGCCCCACAGCAGGCCUGUAUGGCAGAGAGCAUUAUGCUGAACCUGGCUGGCCAGCUCAUCAUGCUGCAAAGAGACCGUUCCGGACCCCAGGUACGAGAGAAGGAGGACCAGAAGAAACUGCUGCCGUUCAGCCCGCCAAUUGUUUUAGCUCAGUGUGUGGAGAACGUGUGGACGACGUGCCGCAGCAACAGGAAGAAGCGCCACCUGCUGGAGGCUUUGUGGUUAUCCUGCGGCGAGGCCGGGAUGAAGGUGUGGCUGCCUCUGUUCCCGCGUGACCACCGCAAGCCCCACUCGUUCCUGUCCCGGCGCAUCAUGCUCCCCUUCCACAUCAACAUCUACCCCCUGGCCGUGCUGUUUGAGGACGCUCUGGUGCUGGGGGCGUCCAACGAGACCGUGCUCUACGACGGCCUCCAGAGUCCCAGAGAGGGUCGCGAGCCACUAGAGGUGGCCUUCCCUUACUGCACGGUGGAGAGGACCUCCCAAAUCUACCUCCACCACAUUCUGCGUCAGCUGCUGGUUCGGAACCUGGGUGAGCAGGCCCUUCUCCUGGCCCAGUCCUGCGCAGCGCUCCCCUACUUCCCCCACGUCAUGGAGCUCAUGGUCCACGUGGUGCUGGAGGAGGAAGCCACCUCCCGGGAGCCCAUUCCCGACCCGCUGCUCCCCACCGUGGCCAAGUUCAUCACAGAGUUCCCCCUGUUCCUCCAGACUAUCGUCCACUGUGCCCGGAAAACUGAGUACGCCCUGUGGAACUACCUGUUUGCUGCCGUGGGAAACCCAAAAGAUCUGUUUGAGGAGUGUCUGAUGGCUCAGGACCUGGACACGGCAGCGUCUUAUCUCAUCAUUCUACAGAACAUGGAGGUUCCAGCGGUGAGCAGGCAACACGCUACAUUGCUCUUCAACACAGCUCUGGAGCAGGGCAAGUGGGACCUCUGUCGUCACAUGAUCCGAUUCCUAAAGGCCAUUGGCUCUGGGGAGAUGGAGACCCCGCCCCCAACACCGACGACUCAGGAACCCAGUUCCACAGGAGGCUUUGAGUUCUUCAGGAACCGCAGCAUCAGUCUCUCACUGUCAGCUGACAGCAUCACAGCUGGGAAGUUCAACCUGCAGAAAACCUUCAGCAUGCCUUCAGGGCCUUCAUCCAAGGGGUCAGAGCGCUGGUCCAGGGACGGUGACUGCGCGGAGAACAUGUACAUCGAUAUGAUGCUGUGGCGUCAUGCCCGCCACCUCCUGGAGCAGGUGCGCCUCAAAGACCUGGGCUGCUUCUCCGCCCAGCUGGGCUUCGAGCUGAUCGGUUGGUUGUGCCGCGAGCGAACGCGGGUGGCGCGGGUCGACGACUUUGUCGCGGCGCUGAAGCGUCUGCACAAAGACUUCCUCUGGCCGUUUCCUGUCAUCCCGGCGUGCUCGAUCAGCUCGCCGUUUAAAAACGGACACCGUCGGACGGUUCUUAGCCAGCGGCUGCUGAAGUCCCAGUCAGCAGACAGCCUGUUGAACAGUGACAUGGACACAGCGCCCCCACAGGACUCUGAGCGCAACAGCAACCACACCUGGCUGGACGGGCUGGGGGCCCUGGGGCCCGAACCUAAAGAGACGGACACGGCCUCCUCCCACGGAGGGCCACGCACACAGGAGGCCUUCCUCUCACCACUCACCAACAAAAUGGAAGAAUGCAGUAUUGGUUCAGCCACAGACCUGACCGAGACCAGCAGCAUGGUGGAUGGGGAAUGGACCAUGGUGGAUGAGAACUUCUCCAGCCUGAGUCUGACCCAGUCUGAGCUGGAACACAUCUCCAUGGAGCUGGCCAAUAAGGGGCCGCACAAGUCGCAGGUCCAGCUACGAUACCUGUUGCAUGUGUUCAUGGAGGCGGGCUGUCUGGAGUGGUGCGUUGUGAUUGGUCUGAUUCUGAGAGAGGCCACGGUCAUCAAACAGGUGGUCAACUUCCUGGACAGCCCGGAGGUUCCUCCUGACACCGUCCAGAGCAUCCGCUCUGGCCUGCUGGGAGUUGACGCGUGGGCCUCCUCCGACUGCCUGGGCUACAGGCCGUUCCUCAACCUGAUCCGGCCCCAGCUGCAGAAGCUCAUGGAGACAGCUGUGGAGCAGGUCCAACCAGAAGCCUUCCAGACGGGAGCCCCCAACCCCAACUCUAAGCUGGCUGAGCCCCAGCCAGGAGGCCCCCGGGCGGAAGACAUUCGAGGGCCAGCUCCCCUGGGCCUGGCCCUGCCCCUGGAGCCCUCUGGGGCGUUGGGGUUGGAGGACGGAGGAGCGCCAGCGGAGCAGGAGGAGCAGGCGGUGGAAGAGGGGGCCUAUGAUUGCACCCUGUCCUGACCUGCGUCAUGGUCACCUGACAUCACCUGGGAGGAAAUGGUCUGAAGGGGAGUAAAUAAAUGGAGGAAACAAACACUCCUCUUCCGUUGCAAACUGAUGAAUCCAGGCUGUCCGUCCUCUGACCUUACCGGACGGGGUGAAGGGGUGUGUGAUGGGACGCGAGACAAGUGAGAGGAGGCAGUGGAGACACAGGGCAGCUAAAGACUAAAAGAAAAUACUGCAUUGUGGGUCUAGAAACGGUUGGUUGGCUGAUUCAAACAUAGAUGUUAUGAACUGACAAUGAGUGCGUGUGAUAGUUUGUCUGUAUCUUUAUCCUUUGGGGUGUAAAAUGUUUAAAAGCCUGAAACUCAAGGGGUAAUUCUCCAUUAGUUUCACUCCUGUCCAGAUCCUUAUCCAUUUUAGUGCUGGAGCAGAGUGGAAUGGAGUAACCACUCCUGUGGUUAAAUGUGUCAGUAUUAUUCACUCGUUUAUGGACUCGAGUCACUGCAGACAGUGCUUGAAGGGACACCAACAAAUCCCUAACGCCCAAACAAAUCAAACACUUACCUAAGAUUUAGAUGAUGUGUGGCACCGAUGGUUGAGGUGCUUUCAACUUCUACAUAUAUUCACUUUCUCUUUUAAAGGAAUUCUUUCACAGAUCAGGGUUUAACAGAUUAUCAAUAUUGGGCUAAUCAUGCUUUAUUCCAGGAUUGUGUUUAAGCACGAAACAUGUUAUUUUUUUUCCUGAUUGUGUUGCAAUUUAGCUUUAUACCAAAAUGUGCUUUUAACUGUUUGUGUUGCAUUCUGGUCUCACCAGCACUACUUUGUCUGUCUAGAUAGAAAUGUGUACUGCUCAGUUGGUGUGGUUUGAGGGGUCUCCUAGGACAUAUCCCUGUGACAAUGCUUUAGCAGCCGAGCCGUGAACAACAAAAAACAUCUGUUAUUCUCACAGACAUGUCACAUAUAAACCUUUAUUGGCGGCCAUUACGCAAAAUGGAAAAGUAAACCUUUAUAUUUUUUCACAGUUUGUACAAAGGUUUAUUGUACUUUGUUGUCGGGCAAGAUGACAUUUAAUGUUGGUACUUUUGGUAAGAAACAUGAAAACCAUGCUAAAUUAUGUGUGCGGGACAAGGCCUGAACGUUUUAUGUAAUGCACUGUAACAAGUGCUUGUUGAUGUGUAAAAGGGAGGGGUCUCAUAUUUUCAUACCUCAUUCUGUACAGUGUAUUUUAAGAUAUUUUAUUAUACCUUUGUUUAUAAUGUGAUGAUAUUCUUCUAUCUAUAUAUAUUGUUAACUUUGACAAAUGAUGUCCCCUUAUUACAAUAUGAAAGACUAUGGUGUGAGAAUGCUGUUGGUCAAGAGCAAAGCUGAAACGGGGUGUGCUGGCAUGUUUGGGGGUCUGGAUUGGCAGUCCAUGUUGUCAGUCAAGGCUGGAAAAGGCCUCAACCAAACCAUCACUUCUCACUGAAGAGAUAUGUCUGAUGUAUGAUGUCUGGGGAGAAACCAAAUGAUUAUGGUGGUCUUGACCACACGUGCUUGGCACUACAAUUUAGCCAAUACUGUUCAAUGGGGUCUUUCUCAUGGAACAAAUCUGAGAAACAAAACUAUACUUUUGAUUCGUAUCGAUAGCACCAUAUGCCAGAGUUCCAUUUCAUUAGCUUGUUUUGUAUUUUUUUUAGGAGAAGAUGAAAACAAUCAACUGACGUGCACUAUGGUGUUAAAUCAAUGUCACAUUUCAGUGGAGUUUUCUUUUUAAGUUAGGAUUGUGAGUCUCCUAUCAUUGAGCUUAAUUUCCGUGGAGCUUGAGGUACCGAUGUAAUGCAUUUAGAUUGUGUCCAUUAAGUUGUAUCGUGUAUUGGUUACCCUCAUCCGGGUUACAUGGCUGGAACCUAAAUCUUGAUCAUAGAUGAUAACAACGAUGACUUGGAGCUCUAUUCGGUAACGCACCAGUGGUGCAUGCUAUAGACUUGUGGAAGGUUCUUUCUGAUUGAGUUGACAUAUGCAGCAUCUAGUGUGAAUACAGGAUACACUGACAUGGGGAUGUUGCUUUUCAAAUUGAAUCUCGCUCUAAUGCUGCAUUGUCUGCAAUAGAUUGAAUAGAACCCCAAGACUGUUAACUCUAUAAUUCCAAAGUGUCCUGACAUGGAAUCAAGCUUUUAUGAUGGAUAGUGUUAUUAUUUAUUGGUUGUGUUAUUUCUAUUCUGAAUAAUGUUCAGCUUUGUCUUGGCUGUAUUAGAAUUAUUUAAUUGUUUUUCCCUCAACUCAAACUGUAGUCGUCUGAGUCGUAAUUAAUCCCAGCGACCAGGACUACACCCUCCCGCCUGACCUUUAAAGAGCUCACAGGCAGUCUAACUCUGGUCCCCUACUCUGUAAUAAUUAGAUCUAGGACCACUUUAGAUUUCUCCUAUGAGAUCAGUAAGAUUGCAGUUCCUCUUCCACAACUUCACGGUUUGUUUUACCUAACUGUGAACCUAGGCUCAGUUCCUCGAUAAAAUUAGGUCCCUGCAGUUAUAGAAAGUAAACAGUGGUGUCCACUGAUUAACAAUAUGUCAGUAUUCAAUUGUGCAAUUCUGAAAUGUUACUUUGUUUCAACUUUGUUUUUUAUAUGCAUCCUUUUCACUUUUCUUUUCACUUAUUUGCAUUCUCUGUUCCAUUCUCUGUUCCUUUUUUGCAAUCACUCAUACAGACCAAAAUGUAUUUUUAACAUUUUUGUUUUGUCGCAGCUGACUGUUGUCCGAGUGUACAAGAAAGAUUAAUUGUAGUAUGUGUCCCAUUUUGGCUCUAUUCGGAUUCUAAUUAUUAUUGGUCUGGAGUUUUUGAGAAAAUCUCUGGUCUUGUCUAUACGCAGCUUUGACGUGCUUUGCGAUACACUAUCUCCACUGCAUUCAGUUCAGUAUAUGCAGUGAGUUACUGCUCAAACCUACAGCAAACCCAAGCGAACCAAAGACAAUGCUCAGAGGCCUUGGAUUGAUGUGGUCCGUGCAAGUCGACGCAAGAUCUUGUAUAUGCAAAGAGGUACAACGAAUCCCCUCGCCUCUUCUGAGAAGGAUCCACCUUUUCACGUUCAUUUCCAGUCAAUUUUCUUUCUUUUUUUCAUGAAGGACAAAUCUUUUGAGGUUGGUCCGUGCUUUUCCCUGGAACUAAGUCAGACAAGAGGAUGUUUUGCCAUCAUUGGUACUCGGUUCAUGCAAAGCCUGUGUCAAGGCUGUUAUAGGAACAUAUCUGGGUCACAGUAUUGCUGUUAGACAUACUAUCUGAGAGGAACAGGACUCUUCAUAUUGUACUGUGAAGUAUUGCCUAUCUGAUGCAGAAACAUUACCUGGGCCAUGCACACAGGUCUUCAAUGCAGUGUACAGUGUAGAUACUGUUUUGCCUUUUCUACUAAUUUCUUUUUUCCUGUACAUAAAGAACAAUAAAUUAUUUUAAAACAAA